CCGUAGCAGUCAGUCACGCCAAGCAUCCAGAGAGCGCGGAGCUUGGAGUCAGACAGACGGGCGCACCAUCGGUACUCACAGCACCUCAUUUGGGACUUGGCACAAGCUGAGAACACACGCACUUGAACAGGGGCUGUCGUUUCCUCCUCGCACACUCAUUUGGUCAGGGAAUUUAAGAAGAGAAAUGGACUUCAUCAUGCCUCCCACUUUGCCAGCUGGUGGUAUCCCAUGGGAGAAGGUUUUACCACCUCUUAUUCCUCGGCUGAAUCAGACUUAUGGACAAUAUAACUGGUCCCCGAAAUUACUGAUUCCAGAGACUGAUAAUACCAGCUCUGCAGAGGUCAACUGUGACGACAGCGGUUUUACCGUUCAAGUUGAUGUAAAGCUCUUCAACCCAGAGGAGCUAAUGGUCAAAGUGACAGGGGACUUUGUGGAAGUGCAAGGCAAGCAUGAAGAAAAAAAGGAUGGUGCAGGGGUUACAACACGGCAGUUUAACCGCCGCUACCGAAUCCCAAAGGGAGUGGACACCAUGGCUUUGGAGUCAGCGGUCUCUCCAGAUGGCAUCCUCAUCAUAUCUGCACCGAUGUUGCAAACCGAGGACUCCAGAAUCGUGACCUAAUCCCUUUAAUGCCAAACACUCAAAUUUCUGCUAUCUUCACCAUGAAAACAUGUGCAACAGAAGCCUUUAAGAACUCACAGGCACUUUCAGAAAUAACUUGAGGCUCCUUCAGUCACAGCAACACAUGGCAUGCAUGUGCCAAAACACCCAUUUGUUUUUGUUCCUGGCUCUGUUCUAAUAUUCACUGCUCUCUGAGGUUUGUAUAUACUGCUCUGCUAUUACUCAUCAAUCUUACAUGAUGUUUAAAAGGAACCAGUCUUUGUAAAUAUUCUGCGUUCAUAGUUCAAUGUGCUGUUUUUGUGUGUGUGACUUUUGUAAAAUGUAUUGUAAUUGUGAUUAAUGAUGCACGCAAACAUAUCUCCAAACUCUUUAAUGUGGAAAUAUUUCUUCAAAAAUGAAUAACUAAACUUUAUUUCUUUAUAAAAUAAAAAAGUGAGAACGAC